CCAACACUCUCAGCUGCUCUCAUCACAAAAGCCGAUGCCCGGGGCCAGAAAACUCCAUGUCGCCUCUCAGGUGCCUUUGCAUCCGAUGUUCCACGUUUUCAAUCCACGCUUCUGGAACCGCCAAUGUGGGGCUACGCUACCCUUCUUGUACAAGUACCUACACAGUAGGUAAUCCGGGCAUCAUCAAGCAUCAAACCGACCCGAUGCGCAGAGGAACGCUUCAUCUCAUGUCUCUCUAUCCGAGAAGCGAUAGACCGUCAUAUCGAGCAGGUUGUACGACUCAUCUCCCGGAUGCGCUGCAGCUCAGGCGGUUGGGCUGUCUUUCCCCUUGCCUACAUAACCCAGAACCAACCACUGCCGUUGCCGUUCGUGCCGAGUCUGCAUCGAGCCGCGACUCUUUGCCUCGCUCGGAAUUGGCAUCGAAACCGGGUUCGCAGUCACACAACGCAUUCGACCUGUCAAAAGUCGCACCAGCUGUUAUCCUUCGACGGGCACUGGCAGCCUUGUUUCAGAGCAAGUCUCGAGCGAGCGAAGAGCCGGCCAGUGAUCAAGCAGCUUCGCAUCUGGAAGGUCACUGGUCAAAUGUUCCGGUUUCUUUCCAGGUUGGACGGCUCAUCGGCUGCUAGCCGCAUGACAGGAAGAGGGGCGGACCAGGCGAUGGCCCACCACACAAUGUGGAUGCAUUCGUACCCAGAGAUUCUCACUUCUUGCUCCUCUCCUGCUACGCGUAUUCUCAUCGGAUAACCUAGCCCACCCUUGUUUCUCACAUUUGCUGUCUGAAGAGCCCGUGUAUACGCCUGGCCAAUGGUUCACAUUCGGACUGCCAUGUUUAUUCACCCUCUUUAU